CCGCCAAAAUGUCUGCCGAACCUCGCUGGGACCCCAACUUCACUCCCUAUGUCAUCAAUGCCAUGGGCCCCAAGACUCCCGAGCGUGCUCGUGUGAUUCUGGGCUCUCUGAUCAAGCACAUCCACGACUUCGCUCGUGAGGUCGAGCUCACUCCUGCCGAGUGGAUGAUGGGUGUUGAGUUCAUCAACUCCAUCGGUCAGAUCAGCACUCCCAUCCGCAACGAGUGCCACCGUAUCUGCGACGUUAUUGGUCUCGAGUCCCUUGUCGACGAGAUCGCCAACAAGAUCGUCACCGAGCAGGGUCUCUCCCCCACCUCCAACGUCAUUCUCGGCCCCUUCUGGUCUCCCAACGCCCCCUUCCGUGAGCUCGGCGACAGCAUCAUCCAGAACCCCCUCCCCAACGGCCAGGUUACCUGGAUGCACGGCCGCAUCACCGACAUGGAGACGGGCAAGCCCAUCGUCGGCGCUGUCCUCGACAUCUGGCAGGCGUCCGCCAACGCGAUGUACGACUUCCAGGACCCCGAGCAGAGCGAGAACAACCUCCGCGGCAAGUUCCGCACCAACGAGAACGGCGAGUACUUCUGGUACUGCUACCACCCCACCGCCUACUCGCUGCCCACCGACGGGCCCGCCGGUGUGCUCCUCAACCUCAUGGACCGCUCUCCCUUCCGCCCCGCGCACAUCCACCUCAUGAUCACCCACCCCGACUACGCCACCAUCAUCAACCAGCUCUACCCCUCCACCGAUCCCUACCUUGACAUCGACUCCGUGUUCGCCGUCAAGAACGAUCUGAUCGUUGAGUUCAAGCCCAAGACCGACGACCCCAAGGCCACCUUGGACCUGGAGUACAACGUCACGAUGGCGCUCAAGAAGCACCACCCCAACCCCAACUCGGCUCCUCCCGUUUCCUCCUUCGAGCGCUUCAACAAGGGUCAGAAGUUGUAAGACGUCCGAGAGAGUUGAUUCUGUGCAAAAUGUCUUGUGUAUAUAAAUUUUAGCGAUUGUGGUUUUCUUUUUGAGAUGAAUACCUCGAAUGUUUC